GUAGCGCGUUUAUUUGACGGCAUCACUGUCGUCAAAUGAACCUGCAAUUGCGCAUCGCUCAAUCUCUCCUUAACCCUUCCCCGCCAGGUGUUUCCUAAAUGCCCUCCGUCUACUCGUCCGUUUUUCAGAGCUUUAUCCGACAAGGAUUUACAAAGUCUUUCACCCAUGGCUACGCCCAGUCGGUCGUCGCCGCCACCCACCCCCAUGUUCUAAACUCACAAAACCGCCCGUCGUUUGCGCGGCGGCGCAAUGCCACGCGUGUCGGCCGUCUUGCCGGCCUUGGGCUUCAGUCCGCCUUUCACACUGCCAGCGCCCAGGCAGCGAGCUCCCUUGAGCACCUUCCUACAAAGGCCAGCAACCAUGGCGGACUAGAUGCCUAUUUCGAGCACCUCCAGAAGUCGCAAGAUGGCGGUGAAGGGGGGGAGAAGGAGUGGGUCCAGUUUCAAUUUCCCAAGCCCAUCGAGUGGAAGCCCAGCCCGGCCUCCGUCCUCGUCGGCGCCGACGCCAAGACCCUCGCCCUCAGCCCAGAGGGAGCCACCAGCAACGAAAAUGGGUCCACUGCACCGGGCGUCCCUCCAGAGGCUCGCGCAGCCCUGGCUCACAUCGACGCAGCUAUCGAGAGGGAAAUUGAGGCGCGGAGAGAGCUAGAGGAACUCGAAGAGAAGGUCGAGUCUCUCCGUGCGACGUCUCCGGCUCUGGCAGAGCAGCUCGCCGAAGAGAUCCGGUCGAGGACUGUCUCUCCCGUUUCGCGGGGCGCGGAAACACCCGCCAGCGCCCCCCGUACCCCGACGUCCCCAGUCGACCCGCAGUCGCAGACCUACGCCGACCAUCUUGCCAAACUCUCCGAGGCUGGACGAUAUGCCGAGAUCCCAGCCGUGUUCGAGGCGAUGCUGGUUGGCGGCGUCCGCCCAAUCGCAUCUGCUUACAAUGCGCUGCUCAUGGCCGCCAUUCACCUGCCGUCCGAGAAGUGGGAGGUUGUCACCAAGGCGCUAGAUGUCUACGCCGACAUGCUCCGCCGCAGGGUCUCCCCCGACAGCGACACGUACAACAUCCUCGUCGGCCUCCUCGCAUCUCGAUCUCUGGAGAUUACUUCCCUCAAGCAGUCCCUCGAGGCCAAGCGGCUGCGUUUCGGUGGCAUGGACGAGCCUGGCAAGUUCAUGUUCGCGUCCCAUGAGCUUGAGUAUGCCAUGCUGGUUGAGGACGACCGCCUCGAUCUGGCCAUGAAGUUGUUCGGGACGUCGGUGACGGCUAAAAAGGCGAUGUAUUCGCCCGAAACCUACCACCAGCUGAUUUCGGCUUGCGCCCAGAACGGCCGAAUCUCCGACAUGCUCCAACUUUUCGAGCAUAUGGAGUCGAGCGGAAUCGUCCCGUUCGCUGCCACGUUUCCCGCCAUGAUUACGGCGUUUGCCAACACUGGGGAUCUUGUUAGUGCCGUCGAGUGUUACAACGAAUACCGCAACCUGGCCAUGGCGAACGACCAGGGGGAGCCGACUUUGAAAGAUCGUCUUGAUGCCCAGGUCUACGCUUCCGUCAUCAAGGCCUAUAUUGUCUCGGACAAGGUCGAAGGCGCGGUAAAGUUCUAUCACAAGAUUGUACAGGAGUAUAGCUCCAAGGCCUCGGACGUUAAGGAUGCCAUCAUUGCCGGCGGCUUCGUCAAAGGAUUCAUCGACCGAGGAAUAUACCGCGAGGCGCUUCAUUGGGCUCAGCAGAUUGAGAGCGAGGCCAGGUUGCCGACCAUGGGCGAGCUUGCUACGGUCGCCGCUGACCACGGUGACAAGCAAUCCGCCGUGGCUGCUUUUGCCAAUCUGCUGCCCCAAAAUGCUGCUGCGCCUCCCGCGAUCGCCAUGCUCGCUAUGAGCGUUCGUGAGGGUGACGUUGCUACUGCCACUAGGUACUGGGACCUGCUCUGUAGCCCGGAUGCUAAGCCGACCGUGGACUUCAUCGAGCCGACUGCCAUGUACGCGGUCGCCAUGAUUGGCUCCGGCCAGGUUCUCGAGGGCCUCACUCAGGCCGAGUACAUGUUCCAACGGAUCAAGGAGCUGAACCCGCAGUCAGCCGACGAGAUUGAAGAAGGCGUCGAGUUCGUUUCGCGGUUUAUGAACGCCCGCGGCAUUGUCGACCCUCGAACCGUUCCGGUGGCGGCUCCCGAAGUUCCUCAGUCCUAUCCCGCAUCGCCGUACCCGCAGACGCCUGCCGUUGCCCAUCAAGAGGACACAUUCGAUCCGUAUGCCCACAACACCGACGUCAAAGGCUCCUUCAUCAUCACGCAGGAGCUGGACGGUGCUUCUGGCCGCAAAUCGAAGCUGUCCGAGGCGCUGGUUCGCUUCCGGAACAUGCGUCGCGCCGGUCGGCAUCCCCGCUACGUCGUGUAUGCCAAGCUCAUCUCGGCCGCCAGCAAGGAGGAUAAGUUCGACCUUUGCCAGGAGAUCCUCGCUAUGGCUCGCAACGACGUCCCGCCGCUUCCCCAAUACCCCGUGGUUCGUUACGGAUGGUCUUCGAUUCUGGACGCCAUGAUUGGCGCCUGCCUCGCGCACGGUCGCAGGGCGAUGGCCGAGGAGUACCACCAAGAGCUGCUUGCCAUGGGUUCUACGCCCUCUGCUAACACCUACGGCCUGUACAUCACGACGCUGCGGGAGUCCGGCAAGAUGGUUGAUGAGGCCUCCGAGGCGGUCAAGAUAUUCAUCCGUGCCAAGACCGAGGGUGUCGAGCCAACGUCCUUCCUGUAUAACGCCCUCAUCGGCAAGCUCGGCAAGGCCCGCCGGAUUGAUGAUGCCCUUUUCUACUUCGCCGAGAUGCGGGCGUUGGGGAUCAAGCCCACGUCGGUCACGUACGGCACGAUCGUUAACGCCCUCUGCCGCGUCAGCGAUGAGAAGUUCGCUGAGGAGCUGUUUGACGAGAUGGAGUCGAUGCCAAACUACAAGGCACGGCCGGCUCCGUACAACAGCAUGAUGCAAUUCUUCUUGACCACCAAGCGGGACAAGACCAAGGCUCUCGAGUACUAUGAGCGCAUGAAGUCUAAGGGCAUUGCUCCGACUGCCCACACCUUCAAGCUCCUUGUCGAUGCCCAUGCCACCUUGGAGCCUGUCGACAUGAAGGCUGCCGAGGACGUCCUGGACAUGAUCCGCGCUUCGGGCCAACAACCCGAAGCCGUCCACUACGCCUCGCUGAUUCAUGCUCGCGGCUGCAUUCUCCACGAUAUGGAGGGUGCUCGUCGCGUCUUUGACGCGGUCAUGACGGACAGCACCGUGCCGGCGCACCCCUGCCUCUACCAGGCUCUGUUCGAGGCCAUGGUGGCCAAUCACCAGGUCAGGGAUACGGAGCCCCUGCUCGCCGAAAUGCGGGCCAAGGGGGUUGAGUUGACGCCCUACAUCGCAAACACGCUCAUCCACGGCUGGGCUGCCGAGAACGUUAUCAGCAAAGCCAAGGAGAUUUACUCUGCCGUCGGACGCGAGAAGCGCGAGCCUAGCACGUAUGAAGCCAUGACGAGAGCAUUCCUGUCAGUUCAGGACCGCGAGGGUGCGAAUAGCGUCGUCAGCGAGAUGCUUACCCGCGGGUACCCCAGCGCGGUGGUCAACAAGGUUCUUGAGCUGUUGGGCGGGCCACAUGCGGCAGAGACUGCUGUGGUGGCCUAAGCUGUUCCAACCGCCGUUCUUCAUUUGCCGAUUUUCUUAUUUCUUUUAAUUGUUUUUCCUCGCUUUUCCCCCCCUUUCUCUGGGUCGGGUUUUCCUAACGUCCUGGUCUCUCC